AUGCAGGACCAGAAGACAGACAUCACCCAGCAGAUCCAGGAGCUACGCACCAUCAUCUCCUUACAAGAACAAGGAAAGAAGCUUUUCAUACAGAUUGCUGAGGAGAAGCUCAGUCAGAAUAGAUACCUGCUACCCUGCCUACGUGGGACUGUGCGGGAUGACAUCUGUGCCCUAGGUCUUGCUGAGAAGCAUGACCGGGUCAUCAUCUCUGAGGCUUGCAGAGCACAGAAACGCUUGGGCGCCGUUUUGGCCAGAAGCACAGUAGAGAUGGCCCGAGAGAAGCUCCAGAAUGAUAUCUUUGACCGGGUGAACAUGUGCAACAUGCUGCUGUAUGAGCUGAGGCAACGGGACAGAGCCCUGGAUGAGCUGCAAAGGCAGCUGCAGCAUUCGAUGGAGGCAGAAACCAGUGACAAACAGUACCAGACCCAGAUGCAGGUGAUUCGCCAGCUGGAGAAUAACAUUGAAAAAAUGCUCAUGAAAGUCCGCACUGGCCAGAAGGUCAACACACUGUACAUGGCGAUGCGGGAUGUCCUGAAGAAGGAGCUGGCCCACCUGCCUUUGCAGUUGGAUGUCCUGCACAGAAUGGUCGAGGUGUACCAGGGGGAGCUGAAAGGCAUGGAGCUCAUGGCCUUGGAUGCCUUCAAAGCCACUGAGUCAGCCAAGGGGGACCUGGCCAACCUGGAAACUCAGUUCCUUAUGGAAAGAAACCUCAGGGACCGUUCCCUGGCUGCUCAAAAGGAGCGAAUUGACAGAAUCCGCCUCAAGGACGCAAGUGAAAGGCACAGAAGAGCGCAAGCCAAGGGUGAACUCGCUGUGGACUUCCCACCCCUGAUUUCCCAGGAGUCGCUACUGGGUACCAAACGGGAGGCUACCAAAUCCCAGAUUGAACAUCAGGCCCGGGUGACAUCAGAGGUGGAGAAAGUCAAGUCUGCAGUGCAGUGUUCCCGUCUCUGGGACAUUGCUGGGAGGCUUCUGGCUCAGCAGAAGUCCACAGUAGACCUGCAGCAGCAUAUUAAGGAGUGUGAGGAAAAGAAGGUGGUAUUGAAAGAUAAACUGAAGGAACUGGAGCUGAAACAGGCUGAGCUCAAGUUUCACCAACCCCCAAGUGCAAUCAGCUCUAGGAAGCUUGAGGAAGAGCUGAAGAUCAAUCUGCAGCAAGAAGAGGCCCGUCUUGAACAGAUGCAAGCCCAGAUGCUGAAGAACCAGGAGCUCCUGCUCAUGUUUGAAAAUGGCAUCGAUAACCUCUUCAUUCGCCUAUAUGGCAUCACUGUGCCUGACCAGGACACUUCUGUCGAGGCCAAGGACACGAAUGAGAAGCUGCAGCAUUGUGAGAAGAAGCUGCUGCACUUGGCACAGCUUGUGACCAACCUACCUGCCCAGUACAGCCUGGAUGAGAACAAUGAGACUUUUGUGAAGGUCAGGAAUUUUCUGGAGAAAACUACCAAGGAUGAGCCACAGAACCUGAAGAUUUCUUUGGAGGAUGAAGGCAGUGGUGUUCAAGAUGCCUUUGAUUUUGCUGACAAAGACCAUGGCCAUGUUCUCACUCGAGAUGAGAUCAAGAAGCAGGGGCUGCGCUUCAUUGAAAGCAAGAUGAAAAGUGGCAAGAAGAAGCAGCAGUCAUUCCCUAAAAGCUUUUGACACCCCUGUCACCCUGCUGUUUUUCCCCCAGAGACAAUAGAGCAGAUCUUUUUCUAUACCUUCCACACCCAUGUAGAAAACUGGAGGGAGUUGGGGGCAGUGGGAUCUUGGGUGGGCGUUCCAGGAUCACAGCUACAGCCAGAGAUGCAAGGCAGCAGAGCGCAGACAGGAGAAA